UCGAACGACCUCGGGUUCAACCUGUAGCUGUCAUAGGGCUAAGUAAUGUGUGAGUGGGUGGCCCUGGUGUAUGCACCGAGUGGGACCCGUUGCCAGUGAGAGACCGCUGUGAUAAAGUGUGGACCAAACGGAAGGAAGGGUAUCGUGUGUAAACAGAAUUCUGAAUCGCAUCCUAUGCUGCUCCUCUCAUCCCCAAAUCCAGUUCAUCUAAAUCUCACCCCAAUUGCUGUCUAUUUCGCAUCCAAUUUCUCGUAAGAUCCCUUAGGGGCCUUACAAUUGGUAUCCAGAGCCUAAAUUCCGCUCGCUGCACUCGAAAUUCUCCUUCCAAAACCGUAACAUCCAUCGCGAAGGGUGUUGUUGACUUCGGUCGAUCGGCGCAAAAUCCCGAGCGGGGUUGGAUUUGGAUCGGAGUGUAGUGCGACGGCGCCAUCAAAGCCUUCCGCGCAAACGCGCUUUGUCCUAGAAGCCAUGGGGGAGAACAUGGAGCAGAUUCAGGCAUCCCUCAGCAAUUGAUGUCCCGGAUGGAGGCCAUGAACGUCCAGAUGGGAAAUCUGGGCAAGCAGCUUGAAAUCACUCAGGAGGGCGUGGAUGAGGUGAGGAAGAAGCAGGUGGAAGUCGUGCCAACGCAGCCCACCCCCGUCGGGCCGAAUGAUCCCGGGCCAUCAGCAAACAUGACGAGGCAAUCAGGUUCCUCUAUCAGUGGGUUUGCACCGCAGUGCUGUAUCUAGAAGGACAUGCAGCACUCUGGUGGCACGCGUUCAAGCGUGGUUGUGCCACUGUGGAUUGGGGAGCAUUUGCAUCUGCAGUCACAAUAGAAUUCAGCACAGAAGAGUUUGAUACGCAGAUGGCCAAGCUAUUGCAGAUGCGUCAAAUUGGCACUGUUAUGGAAUAUCGAAUGACUUUUGAAGCCUGCAUGUAUCACCUGCUUUCCUUGGAUGAGACCCUGAACAACAAAUUUUUUGUGGCGCAAUUCGUGCUUGGUCUGAAAGAUGAACUGCGGACAGCGGUGCGUCUGCAUGCACCCAGCAGUGUCACUCGGGCUAUGGCAUUAGCCCGAAUCCAGGAGGAGGAGCUAGAGAAUCAUCGGCCGCGUGGGCGUCCCAUGGCAGGGCACAAGUUGCCUCCACCUGCACUAGUUGUACCAGCCAUUCAGCAAGGACCUCAGCGUCAGGAUUGGCCAAAGCGUGCCGGCAACGACAACUACAACAGGGAGCGUCAGCUUCGCGAUUUUCGUCGUGCUAACAACCUAUGUUUCCGUUGCGGUGAAAAAUUUGGAAGAGACCACCAAUGUAAGAAGCCUCUGCAACUUCUUACAAUCCAUGUUGGAGAACAUGGUGAAAUUUUCACAGAGGAUACAGUCCAAGCCCUAGAGCUUCUUGAAGAACCAGCAGCUCCACAACGUGAAUGCCACCUGAUGUUCUCGCAGCAUGCAGAAGCAGGAUCAGAAGGAUCCGGAACUAUGAAAUUUCGCACACUUGUGGGCAAUCAAGUCUGUCCCAUUCUAGUCGACUUCGGUAGCUCGACAAGCUUUGUUAAUGCAAAUUUUGUGGCAAGAGCUGCUCUUCCGACAGUACAAGUGCAGCCAGUUUCAGUUAAAGUAGCAAAUGGAGAAUUAAUGCAAUCCAACACACAAGUUUCUCAGUUGGCAUGGUGGAUGCAAGGUCACACAUUCUAUACGGAUAUGCGAGUGCUACCAUUGGGGGCUUAUGAUGCAGUGCUUGGUAUGGAUUGGCUGGAGAGCCAUAGUCCAAUGACAGUGGAUUGGAUUCUCAAGUUCAUGGAGGUGCCGUCUCAGGGAAAAAUGGUUCGCUUACAAGGUGAGCUGCCUCAACAACAAAGGCAAUUGGCCAUGAUGACCAUUGAUGACGUGCAGAAAUCCUUCAAAGGAAAUGACCUUUGGGCCAUCGCAUUGGUUGAUUUUUCAGCUGAUACUACAAGCAGUACGUCAGCUCCUGAUACAAAAUCAAUUCCACCAGACUUAAAACAUCUCUUGGACGAAUUCUCUGAUGUGUUUCAAGAUCCUAAGUCACUGCCACCCCAUCGUCAGUACGAUCACGCAAUUGCACGAAACUGAGAUACUCCACUGCUUACCAUCCUCAAAUGGACGGCCAGUCCGAGCGCGUGAAUCAGUGCUUGGAGCACUAUUUGCGCUGCGCUGCGCUGUGCAUGACUGCACGGGCAAAUGGAAGCGCUGGCUCGCCAUGGCCGAAUUUUGGUACAACUCCUCUUAUCAUACCUCACUUGGUUGUUCACCAUUCCAGGCAUUAUACGGGAUCGAACCAAACUUUGGAGCUCUGCCUAAUCUGGGCGUCAAGGCGACACCAACGAUCAAAGAGAUGGCGGAAGAGCGGCAAGGAUUUCUUCAGCUUCUCAAGGAUCAUCUUCUGCGCGCCCAGGCACGUAUCAAGGCCUACGCUGAUAAGCAUCGCACGGAGCGGGAGUUCCAGGUCGGCAAUGACGCUCUUCUCAAGCUUCAACCGUACGCCCAGACUUCCGUCAUCAACAGGCCAUGCGUGAAGCUCGCUUUCAAGUUCUUCGGUCCAUUCAAGAUUUUGGAACGCAUCGGCGAGGUCGCCUACAAGUUGCAGCUGCCUCAAGACUGCAGCGUCCACCCCGUCUUUCACGUGUCGCAGCUGAAGCCCUUUACACCCAAUUACACGCCGGUCUACGACAAGUUGCCGCCACCACCGGACAUCACCGCUGCAGCAGCCAAACCACAAGCCAUUCUGGAGCGGCGCAUGGUCAAGAAAGGGAACGCGGCAAUACCACAGAUUCGCGUGCAGUGGUCGCAUUUACCCGCUGAUCACACCACCUGGGAAGACUAUCAUGUCCUUCGUCAUCGAUUCCCAAUGGCUUCAAUCUGGGCAGAGGAUUCAUCUCAAGGGGAGGAAAAUGUCACGCCUUAGUCCUUUGGCUAAGACGGAUAUGGACUCGAACGACCUCAGGUUCAACCUGUAGCUGUCAUAGGGCUAAGUAAUGUGUGAGUGGGUGGCCCUGGUGUAUGCACCGAGUGGGACCCGUUGCCAGUGAGAGACCGCUGUGAUAAAGUGUGGACCAAACGGAAGGAAGGGUAUCGUGUGUAAACAGAAUUCUGAAUCGCAUCCUAAGCUGCUCCUCUCAUCCCCAAA